CAAACGGUUUGCAUCAUUCCAAUCGACACUACUCGCGAGAGGACUUUGUCCUAUAACGAAAAGGAAAGGAAGAAGAGAUUAUUUUCAAGAUGCCGCCAAAAGCCAGUGGCAAGGCCGUAAAGAAAGCUGGAAAGGCUCAAAAGAAUAUUAGCAAAGCUGAUAAAAAGAAAAAAAGGAAAAGGAAGGAAAGCUACGCCAUUUAUAUUUAUAAAGUACUUAAACAAGUUCAUCCUGAUACCGGAAUUUCAAGCAAAGCUAUGAGUAUUAUGAAUAGUUUUGUCAAUGACGUUUUCGAACGAAUAGCUGCCGAAGCUUCGAGAUUGGCUCAUUAUAAUAAACGCUCGACUAUAACUUCCCGAGAGAUACAAACUGCCGUACGACUUUUACUUCCAGGUGAACUCGCUAAACAUGCCGUUAGCGAAGGCACCAAAGCUGUUACUAAGUAUACCAGUUCAAAAUGAAUUGAUAUACUUAUGGUACAAACGGUCCUUUUUAGG